GUUGUUGUUAUAAAAGAGCAUGCACCAACACAUUAACUACUAAGUACUAACUAAACUAUACCCUUUUUCUUUCCUCUUCUUUUCAGAAUUCAUGAUUCUUUUCAAUUCAAUGGAGGACCUCAAACACUCUCUUCUAUACACCACUCUGGAGCUUCAACAAACUAGAGCUGCAGUUCAUGAGGAACUCAAGAAGAGAGAUGAACAACUCCUCAUCCUCAAGGAUCUGCUCAACAAGACCAUCAGAGAAAGAGAUGAAGCCAAUGACAAAUGCCAGAGACUUCUCUUGGAGAAGCUUCUUCUUCAGCAACACAAUAAUAAUGGUGCUGCUCCUGUCUCUGGAAUCUCAAGCAUUGAAGAUGACCACAGAAGAAACAACAACAACAACAACAACAUCAACACCACCUCAUCAGACUGUGAAGAAAGCAUUGUGUCAUCACCAGUGAUUGAGCACCACUUGUCAGCAACAGAGUCUGCCAUGAUUGAAGCAGUGACACCAACAGGGCCACUUCCAGAAAAGGGUAAGCUGUUGCAGGCAGUGAUGAAAGCAGGUCCUCUGCUUCAAACCCUACUUCUUGCAGGCCCACUCCCUCAAUGGAGACACCCUCCACCGCCCCUUGAGUCCUUUGAGAUUCCACCUGUCACUAUUCCUUCACCACCAUUACUCCAUCAAGAUGUUAACAGCAGCAGAAAAAGAGAAUUUUGUGAUGCCUCUGAGUCUUCUCCAAUUGAGACCAAGUACCAAAGGGUUGCACUUCACUGACUUAUAGUCAGCCUUAAAUUAUUACAUAUAUAGAUUUUGCAGGUUCUUAGAGUUAUAAAGUUAGAGACUUUUUUUGAGUAGCAGCAAGCAACUCAAAAUUCAUCUACUUAUCUGUACAGAGGUUUCAGGAUUUUAAGUUAACUCAUUCAGGAAAGUGCUUGAUUCAGGGUUUUACUGAAUUAAGCCCUUCAUUUUUCUUUUGAGAUUGUAAUGAAUGGUGAGUGGGGGUGUGGUGGAGUGGUUGGAUUGGAAGUUGAGUGUGUUACUGUUACUGCUACCAACAAACAAUACCAAAGGGAAGCUCUUCUUGUCGCCUUUGGGGGACCCAACAAAAAAUUAAUUGGGUUAAUUAGAUUC